UAAAGAACAUUGUCGUGGUUGUUGCAAUGACAGAUUCAAACAUUUCAAAGAAUGAUUUGUCUGACAUUUGCCAUAGUUUAGGCGUGUCAACAGAAGGAAAUAAAGCAGACCUUGUACAAAGAUUAAAAGAUUUUCAAGGUUAUGGUUUCUAUGAGAAAAAUGCUAAUGAGCUGUGUGUGAAUAUUGAUGAUGAGUCAGUAAUUUCUGAUUAUCCUAACGAAACCACUGAAACGCUAAACCCCGAAACACAAGCAUUGAGAGAAUUGCUUCGGAAGUCCAACCCAAUGGACGCUAUGUCGCCAUCACCCUACUAG